GCGCGCAGCGGUGAAUGGACUGGGCGCGCACAAGAUGCUAUAGGGAUCCGCUUGAGGCCGGGGAGGAAACAUAAGUAGCUCCUUGUGGGGACCGUUACUUUGCGAGGCUUGGGGUCCCCCUCCCUCACUGAAAAUGCCACGCUCUUUUCUGGUCAAGAAACACUUCAACACGACCAAAAAGCCGAAUUAUGGGGAGUUGGACAACCAUACAGUGAUCAUCUCCCCAUUCCUGUAUGAGCGCUACCCCGUGUCCGUGCUACCCCAGCCUGACAUCUACAGCUCGGUGGCCUACAGACCAAUCACGGUGUGGACAGGACUGCUUCACCCACCGCUGCCCAGCGAUCUCUCCCCUCUCUCAGGAUACCCUUCAUCUUUAGGUCGGGUCAGCCCCCCUCCACAGUCGGACACGUCGUCUAAAGACCUCAGUGGCUCAGAGAGCCCCAUCAGCGACGAGGAGGAGAGACUCCACACCAAACUUUCCGACUCGCAUGCGAUUGAGGCUGAGAAGUUCCAGUGCAGCUUAUGCAGCAAGACCUACUCUACUUUCUCUGGGUUGGCUAAGCACAAGCAGCUGCAUUGCGACGUCCAGUCUCGGAAAUCAUUUAGCUGCAAGUACUGUGAAAAGGAAUAUGUGAGCCUGGGCGCUCUGAAGAUGCACAUCAGGACACACACGUUACCCUGCGUCUGUAAAAUCUGCGGCAAAGCGUUUUCUAGACCUUGGCUACUACAAGGACACAUCCGCACUCACACUGGAGAAAAGCCCUUCUCUUGUCCACACUGCAACAGAGCAUUCGCAGACAGAUCCAACUUAAGAGCCCACCUGCAGACCCAUUCUGAUGUGAAGAAAUAUCAAUGCAAGAACUGUUCCAAAACCUUCUCUCGAAUGUCGCUCCUUCACAAGCAUGAGGAAUCUGGUUGCUGUGUAGCACAUUAGAUCGUCAUAUGUUUACCAGGACUUCACACCUCCUUCAGGGUUUCUGGUGUAAAAGAAUUCCAAACAUAUAUUUCUUACCUCUUUUUUCCUUUCCUAUGAAAAGGAAAGCCUAUGCAAGAUCUACCAAAACGUCAGCAUUUCAAGUCUGAUUUGCAGUAUGGAUUACAAAUAAUAGAAACACUUUUCCGUAUGGCAGCAAGGAUUAAUGAAAUGGUCUUUAGAUACGCCAUAUUUCCUUGGCAUGAAUAAAUCAAGCACAUAUGUAGAGAAUGGCUCUUGUCUAGACAAUCCAGCAAAAAUCCAAAGGACUUUCAGCCUCGUUCUCAGGUGCUUUACUAAGCAGCCCAAUGAAAUCUUCUCUUCCUGAAUUUAUAAGACUCUUAAACUAUGCCAUUGGGUAUUGUCAUUGUUUUUAGCUAGGCUCCAUUUGUGCCUUUUACAGCCAUUGCCUUCAGACAUUCCUUUGUUUUAUUUAAGACUUUUUACAAAAAAAAAUUUUAUUAUAAAAUUGACAAUUUUGCUCUCAUGGGAAUAAGUGCAACCGAGAGGGGUUUAAGGGAAUGCGAAAAUGUAGAUCCUGAACUUUUCUUAUGCACAAAGAAAAUGCAACUUAUUUUCGGGAUUCUCCACCCUUCAUGUGCCUUUUUUUUUAUAAUAAUUUGUAAAAUAUGUGAAUAUUGUAUAUUUUGAAAUGUUUAUAUUUUUCUAUAUGUGUGAGAAUGUGGCGUGUGAAAGAGAGAAGCGGUGUGUAGCUGCUUCAGGGAUAACUUGAAGUGAUGUGCCAAUUUUUUUUGUUUGUUUUUUUAAAUAAACCCUAUGGAUACAUUUU